UUAAAACGAAGAUGGCCGCGCCCACCGAUUCACAGCAAACCGAACAAACACGUCAGAAAGACAUACUGUUUCUGAGGGCUAAACAUAUCAAAUUUUUCUCCAGGUGCUUGCAGAUUCUUCCCCAAAGUUAUACAUCACUUGACACAAGCAGGUUGACUGUGUGCUUCUUUGCCCUAUCUGGGCUUGAUGUGCUUGAUGCUCUUGACACAAUCGAAAAGGACAGACAGGACAUCAUUGAUUGGAUCUAUUCAUUACAGGUUCUUCCAGAUCCCAACAACUAUGAGGAAACAUCUAAACAGUGUGGUUUUAGGGGAUCAUCCACUAUUGGAACAGCUUACAAUCCAUCCAGGGACACCCCCUCACACAGCCACCCAUAUGACUGGGGCCACAUUGCCAUGACCUACACCGGGCUGGCUUGCCUACUUAUCCUUGGUGAUGACCUCAGUCGGGUCAAUAAGCCUGCCAUAGUGGCUGGACUGAAAGCCUUACAGUUACAAGACGGAAGUUUUGCAGCAACUCUUAACGGAAGUGAGAAUGACAUGCGGUUUGUGUACUGUGCCUGCUGCAUCAGUGCGAUGCUGCAAGACUGGAGCGGCAUUGAUGUGGAGAAAGCUGUGGAUUUCAUCUACAAAAGUUUGAGCUAUGACUAUGGACUUGGCCAAGGACCCGACCAGGAAGGGCAUGGGGGCACGACUUUCUGUGCUAUUGCCUCCCUUGUCUUGAUGGGCAGACUGGAAUCCACCUUCAGUAAGAGACAGCGAGAGAAAAUCAAAGCUUGGUGCAUCAAGAGACAACAUUCGGGAUUCCAAGGAAGACCCAAUAAACCGGUGGACACUUGUUACUCGUUUUGGGUCGGGGCUACCCUUAAGUUGAUGAACGGCUAUGACUUUGUGGACUUUGCUUGCAACAGAGCCUACAUUCUGUCCACCCAAGAUGAGAUGGUGGGUGGCUUCGCCAAAUGGGCAGACUACCACCCAGACGCUCUGCAUGCAUACUUUGGAAUCUGUGGCCUUUCACUGAUGGGAGAACCCAGCCUGUUACCCAUCAACCCUUCCCUCAACAUCAGCCAGAGAGCUGCUGACCACCUACAGAGAGUACAUGACAACUGGAAGGCUGAGGUUGCGACAUGAUCAAAGGACAUGUCCAGAGGUAAUCAUGAUCAGAGGUCACACCAGGAGGACAUUGUGAUCAGAGGUCACACCAGGGGGUCAUGAACAGAACUUUUGACAAUCAACAGCCAUGAUUGUUGUCAGAUGCUAUGAUCGCAGUGAGUUAUCACAAGCAAGUCAUCACUUUGCAUUUUUUUUAUUUUAGGUGAGAAAAUUUUACGUUUUCAGUGGCAUACUCAGGUCUGUUACGAGGCCUUCUACAGUUCAGUCAUGAAUGGCAGGCUGAACAAUGAACAAAAUACUUUUGUCACAGUUUGAGUAGCUUCAGGCUUGGCUUAAUUUGGACAACUUCAGAUGGCCUUGCAAGGACUUGGAUGGACUCUACCACAAAAAUUGCGUACACCUUUUAGAAUCUCAGAACUUGAGUUUAUUUCAAACCUGUGUAAGGGCAGUAGACUGAAAUCCAGGGCAGGUGUUUCAAGCCUCAACCACAAGAAUGCACAUCAUUUG